UCAGUAGUGACUCUCCCAAAUCUGCUUGUAUUGUAGCAUACUUUUCAAAGAAAUCCCAUGAAAAAUUUGCAUUUAUUCUCAUAAAUUUGCUGAGAUUUUAACCACGGGAGUGAAGUAAGAGGCGGUUGUUAGGGAGGUGGUGAAGCUGGCGCCUGCUGCUUGCCAGAGCUUCUGCAGUUAAUAUCUUCAAUUAGUGCUGAUUACGGUGCUUAUCAACAACAGAUCUUGAAAUUUAUCGUUUGAGAUGCAAGAAGUUGCACAAACGCAUCCACCAACAUCUUCAUCACUCAGAUUCCCUAGGACCAACGAGCUGGGCUCUAUUGAUUUCUUCUUAGAGAAUCUCCAGGAACUAGCAACUUCUGAGGCCGCUUCAGUUGCUUUUCCAAAGGAUCAAAUCCAAAUAAUCCAAGAAGAUCUUAUAUUCUUAAGAUCUCUUCUAGGGAAAAUUGUGAAGCAGCGCAACCAAAAUGGAAAAUUCCAAGCUCUUUGGGAUGGUGCUAUGGAGGUGGCCUACAAGGCAGAGUUAGUCAUCGACUCUGGUGCACUUGGGGAUAGACUUGAAUGUUUGGAUACUAUUGCUGGAGAUAUCAAGCAUAUGAAGACUGAGGCCCUUAAAGUCUCUGACAGCAUCAAGAAUGACGAUGAAGCUCAGAGAGUUGCCAACAACUCUAUUCACUUCAAAUCACAACUCAGUACCCCAGCACUGAAUGAAGUUUUGGUGGGUCUUGAUGAAGAGGUAAAGACAAUUGCAGAUAGACUUAGUAGGGGUUCAAACCAGCUAGAUAUUGUUUCAAUUGUGGGUAUGGCUGGACUUGGUAAGACAACAUUAGCGAACACAAUUUACCAUCACCCUUCAAUUUUAGGCCACUUCCAUAUUCGUGCUUGGUGUACUAUUUCUCAAGUAUACAGCAAGCAGAAUUUGUUAGUUCAGAUUUUGUCCAGUAUUAGUAGUGGAAGUCAUGAUCAAUAUCUUAAGAUGAAUGAAGAUGAUUUGGUUGUGAUGCUCUUCCAGCGUUUGAAGAGAAAUAGGUAUCUUAUCAUUUUAGAUGAUGUGUUGGACAUUGGGGCAUGGAAUUUGCUGGAAAGUUCGUUGCCAAAUGAUGCAAAUGGAAGCAGAAUUUUGUUCACCAGCAGGAUUGAGAAUUUGUCUUUGCAAUUUAAAUCUAAUAGCAAGUCUCACCAUCUCUGCCAUCGUAGUGAUAAAGAGUGUCUUGAAUUGCUUCAGAGGAAGAUAUUUGGCAAAGAAGAUUGUCCUCCAGCACUAAUCAAAGUAUUAAUGCAAGUAGCAAAUAAGUGCAAGGGGCUACCUCACACAGUUGUCAUUUUUUGCUGGAAUUCUUUCAAGAAUUGAGCCUCACUGCUGGCAAGAAUUUGCAGACAGCCUCAGUUCCAACACUUCUAAUGCCAUUGAACCAUUGAAGCUAAGUUACCUUCAUUUACCUGAAUAUUUGAAGCCAUGCCUUCUUUACUUAGGUGCAUUUUGAGAAGACCAAGACAUUCCUGUCCGAAAGUUGUCAUGGCUUUGGAUCUCUGAAGGAUUUGUCCCAAAGGUAGAAGGGAAGAGGUUAGAGGACGUGGCAGAAGACUAUUUGAAAGAUUUGACUGGCAGAAGUUUAGUAAUGUUAAUCGAACAAAGGACUCUAGCUGGUGCCAAAAUUUGUCGACUUCAUGAUUUGGUACAUGAGUUUGUUGUGGUAAAGGUCAAAAAUGGAAAGAUUUCUACGAAUUUCAUAUGGAAGUAAUGACCACCUACAAAUUUCAAAUUGGGGUCAUGACCUUUCUAAUUCUA